UACAUGUUCAUGAGUUACCUCAAAAAGGCAAUACAGAUCUUAUAGAUGACACUGAUGCAACAGGAACAAUCAGCAGUGGCAGCAGACGGAGGUUCCUCCAGAACACAAGGAUGACUUUGAUCUACUCAGUGAUUCUCUGCCUGUUUUUUAAGGCCAGGAUCUGCCAGCUACAGUGUGUCAAAGAAACUCUUGACGACACAGAGUUUUCAAUCAAUGUGACCACACACAUUGAAGUGGAAGCUGCCGACUGCAAUUGGAUCCCAUACGAAUUCACCUUUCCAACAAACAAAGUUACAGCUCCAUAUAGAAAGAUUUGGUUCAAAGGAGAUCCACAGAAUACAAUAAGCGCAGAAGUUGUUGACACAGUAGAAUCUGAGACAAAAGGCACUUUAACGAUAAGGGACCAACCACAAGGAGAAUAUGAGUACGGCUUCAAACUGGAAUGGGGAUGUAAUCAGACGUACAUUUUUCCAAAGAAGGUUCAGAUCUCAGUUUCUGCUUUAACUGAAACACCAGAUGUGAAGGUUCCUCCCAUGACGGAGGGACAACGUGCCACACUGCAAUGUACGGCUCGUCCUUUAUGCUCUGACAGAGAUAAUAUCUCCUGGAACUUGACAAAUGCUGGUGGACGAUCUUUACUUGUUAAUGAUGGUAUAUUCAACUCAUUGCUUGGUGCAAGUAUAUUAGUCGUCACUCCUACAGCAGAUGACCACAACACCAACAUCACAUGUGUGGUCAAUUAUGGUCACAGUGUUGUGGAGACAACUGUCACCUUAGAUGUGAAAUUUUCCCCCAAAAUCCUAAACAGUUCCCAGUGCAUGGUUGAAGGAAAGCUCUUGGUCUGUGUGUGCAUCAGUCGGGGGAAUCCCCUGGCACCCAUCACCUGGCCUUCUCUCACAGACUUCUCAGUCACCAGCUCUAGCAGCAUCCAGACAGUGAACAGCAUCAUCACCAUGUCUGCUGCUGACUACCACGACACCAGUGUCAAAUGCAUCAGCAGCAAUGAACUGGGUCGGGCCCAGGUUGAAAUUCCACUCCAGAACUACACUGAAAACAGACCGAACUAUGAGUUGGAUUCAAACCACAGCUCUAAUGCAGUCCUCCCCUGGAUAAUCGCUGGUAUGUCUUUAAGUCUGAACCUGAUCCUCCUCACCAGCCUGAUCAUCUGCAUCAAACGCUGCAGGGGGAAAAGUCAACAGAGGGAACUUGGUGAAGAAAUGAACAUUUAUGCUUCCCUGAAUCAGCCAGAUGUUGGACAAGAAUACAGUGUUAUUUCUCCACGGACCAGGGGCGUAUCCAGGAAGGGUCCUGGGGUGGCACGGGACACACCUGAAAUCUGACUGGCCACCCGAACUGUAUAAAUAAUGAACGUAGCGACAGUCACUUCACCCAUUGGUUUGUGGUCUGCCAUUUUACAGUCUUUCGGCAUUUCAGAUGUCGCCAUCUUGGUUUUUUGGGGUCAGAAGUGACUGUAUUUGGACAAAAGGGUGGAGCUUUGGGGGAAUGAGGAGUGGAUUUGAGUCACAGAUGUAUUGGCCUCACUUUAAAUAUGCAUAACUUCGGGUCUUGAUAAAAAAAAAUCACUCCCUGAACAGCUGUCGUAGAUGUUGAAAAUAGCUAUAAGGACCGAAACCAUUUCUUUGUACCAGGCUGUAAACAUGUUUAUUUCUGCUGUAAAGUUUAACAUGGGGGUCUAUGGGGAUUUACCCUGUUUUUGAGCCAGCCUCAAGUGGCCAUUUGAUGUACUGCAGUUUUUGGCACUUCGACAUCAGCUUUAUUUUUCAGCUUCAGGAGUUGCUGCUUGGUGCCAUCCUGUCAUCCCAAACUAUGAUUGGCUACCCACCUGGUCAGAGGUGGAACCUUUGUUCAUAUUUUGCUUUUUUAUUUUGGAUUUGAAGUUUCACACAACUUUGUUAAUACAACAAUUAUGUCCACACAGGCUAAUAUUAUUUACUUUCAUUUGUACUUGUUUUUGUGUGUAUUUUUGAUUGUACACUGCUUUCUUUUGUAUGUAGCCUACUAUUAUAUUUGUAUGGUGCCACUCUGUUGUGUAGUGAUCAGUAGGUAUAUUUAUCUUUAAAAUUAAAAUUUUGGAGGGGCCUAGUGGAAUAAGUAAAAGAAAUGGAGCAGUUAACAUAUACAAUCAGAGAAAAUCUUCGAAUGGGACGCACAUUGUGGGCCAAAUGAGAGGGUUAUAUAGGAAAUGGGGGACAAACAUGAAAUUAGAACCAUAAUGCACCUCAGCUAAAUACAAAAUAGUAGACACUUUGACAGCCAAUUGAUUGCUAAUUGAAUUAAUAAGGGGAGCACUUUUGUCUGUUUGUGAUUGUUUUUCUUAUCAUCUGUUAAUAUCAUUUUGUAUUUACUCAUUUAAGGGUUUGGAUAGUAUACACAUCAUUGUAUUUAGUCACUUUUUAUUAUUACUGAUAUAAUAUUUGCUACCUUGGUGAGGGUUUGUGUAUGAGUAAUGUUUUGUUGUUCCUUUAUUUGUGCUUUCUUUAUUCAUUUUGCUUGGU